GUGCGGGCGGUGGGGGAGGACUUCCGCUGGUACCUCAAGCUGAAAUGUGGGAACUGUGGUGAAGUUUCUGAAAAAUGGCAGUAUCUGCGAUUGAUGGACAGCGCUCCCCUGAAAGGAGGCAGAGGAAGUGCCACUAUGGUGCAGAAAUGCAAGCUGUGCUCCAGGGAGAACUCCAUUGAUAUUUUAAGUCAGACAAUCAAACCUUACAAUGUAAGUUUGUUUUCUCUUUUAUAUAACAAGCUCCUGCACGCAGCCUCAAGUCUGGAACCGGUUGACUUUCAACCACAGGCAGGGUUUGCUGCUGAAGGUGCAGAAUCUGGCACACCUUUCAAUGACAUAAACUUGUUAGAAAAGGAUUGGAAUGACUAUGAUGAAAAAACAAAGGAAUCUGUUGGAAUCUAUGAAGUUACCCAUAAAUUUGUAAAAUGCUAAAGUUUAUACCCCUAAUAAAUCUUGACAUGGUUAUUGAUGAAGGAGCUGUAACCAUCAUAGAUGCAGUUUCCUCGGAGUUACUUUUCACAUGGCUGUACUUCAGAAAUGAUAACCUAAGUUGUGCUCACUGUCCCCAGGACGUCCUAAUAAAAUAUUUUC